CUACAUUAACCAAUAACUAUUGAAAGUGUAAGAUACAGCUGUAUAUGCGAAAAAUCAUAUGUGGUUGGUAUCAGUAAUAAAUCAAAUAGAAUUUUAUGUGUGACUGUAGUAAACAAAUGGAAUAUAAACGUUUGGAACGUUAACGUUCGUGGAUUAAAAAGAAAAAGAACGUUUAAACUUAUAAUAACCUAUGAGUGAAUUUAUGAAUGAAUAUUGGAUUCUUAUAGAAUAUUAAAUAUUUUUUGUUUUAAUUAAAAGAUGAAAAAUAUUCAUUUCACAUUAAUUGGUCUUAUUAAGUAAACAUUAAACUCAUACAUAUCAAAAUAAAAGUGUGAAAUAUUGUUUAUGAGAUAUUAUUAAUAUAUAAAAUCCAUCGUUCAUUGUAUUAAUAAUAUUGAUUGUGUUAAGGCAAUAUUAAUUAAAAAAUUAAAAUGGAUCAAAUGCUACCAAGUCCUGGGUUCAGUAUACCUAGCAUUGGUACUCCUUUACAUCAGCCAGAAGAGGAUCAACAAAUAUUACCAAAUGCAUUGCAACAGCAACAGCAACAACAACCACAGCAACAACCACAGCAGUAUCAGCUGCAACAAUUACAUUCUAUGAGCCCAAGUGUACAGGGCAGUAUGCUCAUGAUUACAACGCCUCAGAAAACCAUGCAUACUUACGCACCAACUCCGUCUUUUGCUACACCUCAGAGUCUUAUGCAGCCACAAACACCGCAAAAUAUGAUGUCUCCUUUAGGACCGAACAAUCCUAUCGCACCAUCAUCUAUAGGACCAUCUACGCCAGGACCUAUGACACCUAUGACUCCUGCUUCCGCAGACCCUGGGAUUUUACCACAAUUACAAAAUAUCGUAUCCACCGUAAAUCUAAGUUGUAAAUUAGAUUUAAAAAAAAUUGCUCUACACGCUAGAAACGCCGAAUACAAUCCAAAAAGAUUUGCAGCCGUUAUCAUGCGUAUAAGAGAACCCAGGACGACUGCUCUUAUAUUUAGUAGCGGAAAAAUGGUCUGUACAGGUGCUAAAAGCGAAGAAGAUUCUCGUUUGGCAGCGAGAAAAUAUGCUAGAAUUAUUCAAAAGUUAGGUUUUCCGGCAAAAUUUCUGGACUUUAAGAUACAAAAUAUGGUUGGAAGUUGCGACGUUAAAUUUCCUAUUAGGCUAGAAGGUUUGGUACUUACACAUGGACAAUUCUCUUCCUACGAACCAGAAUUAUUUCCUGGUUUGAUAUAUAGAAUGGUUAAACCACGAAUAGUAUUACUUAUAUUUGUGUCUGGUAAAGUUGUACUUACUGGUGCCAAGGUCCGGCAAGAAAUUUAUGAAGCUUUCGAUAACAUUUAUCCUAUUUUGAAGAGCUUCACAAAGAAGUGACAAAAUUUAUUCAUAUUUGUGGUUAUGAUUCAACACAUACACAAUUUGAAUAAUUUUGUUUACUACAAAACAUUGUUAUUUCUUUUUUUCUUUUGUUGCAGUAUUGAUAGGGAGAUUAAAUAUAAGAUAUUUUUUCAGUAACAAUUAUCGAAUAUACAUGACAAUUUUAAUUAACACUGGCGUCGGAUAACAUAUAUGUAUAAUAUCUGUUUUCUGAUAGCGAUCGGAUGACGUGAAAUUAUGUUAUUGAAAUUUUCAUAUAUUUUUUGCUUAGAAAUAAACAGCUACCACAUUAGGUUGAAAACCCCUGAUAAUUGCAUUUUAAAAGAUAUAUAUUAUAAUACGAUACAAUAAUUUACUACAUUCCUCAAAAUUUUUUUACAAAAUAUUAUUGAUUUUAAGUUAGACCAAUUUUUUUUUAAUAUAAUGCGAUUAAAACAAAAAUCGCGAAAUUUUCCCGGUCUUGCGUAAAGUUCGGCUCGAAACGCCCCGAUGCCAAAGUGUUAAUAUUAAAUUUUAAUCAAAUUUACAUUACGAGUACGAGAUUGCAUUGAUUUUUCCUACUGAUUUAUUACUUAUUUAUCUUAUAUAUAUUACUACAAUUGUUAAAGAAAUUAAUUAACAUAAUUAUUUUCUUAUUGUACAAAGUUUUGAUUUUACAUAUCAAGCAAUCUAUUUAUAUUGAUAAUUUUUAAAUGAAUUGUUAAUGUAAUAUUUUUUAAAAAUAACGAUAAGUAGUUAGAAACGAAAUGUAUUAGAAAUAUUUUUAUAAUUAUUCGAAGGUUUUCUAUCGUUUGUUCUUUUUUUUGUUCAUUAAUUUUAAGAUAACAAAAAAGAUUCCUUUUUUUAUUUUAUUUUCAUCUAUAGUAUAUAUAUAAAUCCUAAAAAUAAUUUAACAAUAAUGAUGCGAUACGAUGUUACCAAUAUAUAUAUAACUAAUAACUUUUGAAACAGUAAAUUUUCUUGACAAUUUUGUGCCUUGUUUAAGAAAAAGCCUUACAUUAAUAAUUCUAAGCUUAACACAAUAAUACGUUACAAUAAAACUAGUAGUUUGUAUAUAUUUAUAACGCAAAAUAUCCUCGAUGAUUAAGUUAAAUUAUAUUAUCUUGUAAUUAGUUCAUAGAUUACUAGGUAAUAUUACAGGAGUAACAAUUAAAUUGUUGUAUACACCAACUAAAGAAGUAUAUUCUAUUAUGUACAAAUGUCUAUAUUAAAUUAUAAAAUAAAAGAACUUUACAUUUUUU